GAGGCGAGUCCGUCUGUCCUCAAAGAGAGUCCAUGUCAGCGCCAUGCAGUGCUGCGUCUUGUUUGCGUCAACGGUGCUCAUUGCGUCUGCGACGGCACUGGUCGGGGCCAGCAGCUGCGAGAAACGCUUGGUUCCCCCUUCUACCACGCUGCUUGAACCUGAAGUGCACGUCAAGAGUGUCGACAAAGGUGGCCGCGCCGAGAUGGCCUGCCGCUUCUGCGACGAAGGUGCCUCUCCAACGAGUCGCCAGUGGUUCCGGCGGCCGAUGGAGGGCGACUUCGAGCGCCUCAAGCCUGACGCGCACGACGACCCCGCGCUGAACCGAGUGGCGGUGGCCGCCGACCAUGCGCUCACGUUGGCCAACGUGAGCGAGGCGGACGUCGGUUUCUACGUGUGCCACGACAACGAGGAACCGCCCACGCGUUACAGGAUGGAGUACCUACUCGACGUGGCCGUGCCAAGACAGACUGAACCGCACACAGGCGACGAGCAGCAACACAAGAAGUACCUGGAAGAGUUGCAAGAAGCCUACGAGAAGCUCGACCUCGAGGGCCCUUUGCAACGGUACGGCGUGACCACGAGCUGGGAUGACUGGGAGCCUUGCGACCGAUGCGGCGAAGUGGGACUGCGCAAGCGCUACGGCCGUUGUCAGCUGCGCACCAGCAUUAACGCCCUCUACGUGCCUCCGGGUGCCCAGUCUGAAGCGAAAAUCUUAUGCUUGAUUCGUUGUCCACAGGUUCCGCUGAACAUCACCGUGCCGAUGAUGGGGCCAAGCUGUAGGUCUGCGCUGCUGCGCCGAUACGCGAUGUCGCGGGCGCUGUUCGCGUUUCCGGACUUCGUUCAAACCGAAUAUUGCCAGGAGCCAUGCGACGAAGAAUUCCAGGCGAAGCACACAAUGUCACCGACCAACAAGUCUUUCUUCGGUCAGAUGAGCAUUGAGAAGGCCGAAGACGAGGAGACUGCCGAACUGGAUGUCGCCGAGUUCAAGAGAGUUGAGCGGCCGGGAACGAACAUCAAGCUCAUCUGUCCUGGCGUGUCGGGUCCCGGCGUGGCGGUGACGUGGUUCUACAACGGUUCUAAGCUUCGCCCUACGUGGAGCCGGGUGUCCCUAAGCGCUGCGAGCCAGGAGGUGUUGUUCAAGCCACUCAAGGAACGCGACGCGGGCAUCUACGAGUGCACGGUCAUGGGCGUCAAGAUGGGGCACCUCGAAUUGUACGCGCUGGGCAUGUCCGACGCCUCCUGGUUCACGCUCGUCACCAUACUGGUAAACUUCUGCGCGUACCUGGCCGUCGUGUCCGCCAACUGGAACCAGCACUACAAGAGACUCGAGAUACAGGAUUACCUGGCCACGAAGAGGGCUGAAAAGCAGCAAGUCUCGUGA